AUGACACACAUUCAAUCAACGAUCAACAGCAUCGUCGAUGAAAUCAUUGACAUCAAUCACUUCAUCAUCAAUCAAUCGUCAUCAUAUGUUGGCGGUGAAAGAUAUGAUCAGUCAUCAAGAGACAGUCCAAAGCUACUCGAGGCCAUCAUGUCAAGCACAUCAAUCGAUCAAUUCAUCGAGAUGCCUUACACUCGGACAUUGUUGCUCCAAAGACAAGAUGAUGAUCAUAAAGCAAACAACAACAACAAAGUAGAGUCAAGUGACGAUGUAUUGUUGGCAGCAAUCAGUCAACACACUCAACUAAUGCAACAAGAACCCUAUGAGGAUGUUGCUCGUCUACACGCAUAUCAAAUCAAGACUGAUAUAAACAAGUUGGAUAUGAUCAAGAAACAGAUUAGUUCAUGCUUUAAACUAAUUGAUCCCAAUAUCAAGAAGCAGGAUAUAGAGCGCCAGGUCGUUGUCUCAAUAGAUGAAGACAAACUCUAUAUGCUCGAACCUCAAUCAUUCACUUGGACAACCAUAGAGAAUACGUUCAAAGGUAACUUCAAUACAUCAUUCAACUCUUACGUCUUUGCUCGUGGCAACAUCUAUGUGUUUGGAGGUGACGGUAGCACAUCUACCAAGUUCUCCCGGUACUCAUUGGCAGACAGGCAGUGCUAUGAAGGUGACAUUGUUGGUAGUGGAGUCAGUGGUGGCUCCAACAUAUCUGCAUGUUAUGACGGAGAAAAACACAUCUAUCUGGUCGGUGGCUGUGAUAAAGAUGAAAGGUUAUUAAAUCGAGUGGAUUGCUUCGAUAUUGACACUCAACAGUUCAGUACAGUUGGAAGUUUGAAUCAUGGACUGAGCUGGCCAACCAUUCAUUUCAACGACAACACAAUCUAUAUGGCAGGCGGUUGCAAAUAUUCUGAUGGAAGCAGCCGGAACAACAAAGACAUCAUCUCAUUCAAUGUUCAGACCAAAGUCCAGGAGAUUGUGAAGAGUUGUGUGUUCGCCACUGAUUCAAGUAACAAUUGCUUCGACUCUGAUGGCAAUGUUUACAUUCUGACCAAGGAAUCAUUUACAAGGCACUCAUUGACUACUAAAGAGGUGACCAUACUGUCCACACAUCCAAAUUAUAGAAGGUUUAUCCACUUGGUACAUACUCCACCCUUUGGAAUAAUAUACCUUGGUGGCAACAAUGACAACUAUAUCUACUCAAAAGAACAUGACACAUGGACAUUGCUCAAUGAUGACGAUCCUGUAGACAAACGUGUUUUAUUUGGAGCAUGCCUCAUUACCAAA